AUGCCUUCAAAUCUUGUUCCGCAUGAGAAUGGCCCUUUCCGUGAUACUAUCAAGCAACUGGCACCUAAUCGGUGGCUUCUAGGGUCGUCCCUUCUGUGCGAACGACAUGAGCCCGCUGACAUUAGCUGCGCAUGGACAGAUAUUGAUGGCUCAGGGUAUUCUCUUCAGACAUUUGACGAGCCUGUUCGCUCUUGGACAAACCCAGACCCGGAAGGUCCAAUAGUCUGCGUCCGAACCUUCUACUCUUCCUCUGUAUGGAGAAUCGGGAAUUCAGCAUACUUCAAGUCGUGUCUUUGGUCACCGGAAAUCGAAACAGAAGCUACAACUAUCGAAUUUGUCCAGCAGAACUUUCCUAAUGUACCCGUUCCUUCCAUUAUGAAACAUUACAUCGAUGAAAAAGGACAGUUCUCGCAUCUUCUAAUGCGGACAAUGCCCGGUGAGGUCCUCAAUACCGCCUGGGAAAGUCUGAGUGAGAUCGAGCAACAAGAGGUCGCUCAUCAAGUGGCAGAUAUUGUCAAGAUACUGUCAUCCUUAUCCAGAGAUGCAGUUGUCAGUGCGACCGGAAAGAGAGUAAUGGAGCCAUAUCUUAUGAAACGUGGUACACCACAACCCACGCAUUUUGAUUGUUUCCUUGACCCGGAUUGUGGCAGCAACUUCGAGACAAUAUGGGGGAAAGAACAGAAUGAAUUUGUCUUUUACCACCAAGACCUUGGACCCACAAACAUCAUGGUAGAAAGACGUCAAGAAAAGGUUGUUGUAUCAGGCAUCUUGGACUGGGCCGGCGUGGGAUUUCUUCCGAAAGGUUUUAUAGCAACAAAACCGUCCUUCUCCCCGGGUUUCGAAUUUGAGUGGGGCUGUGCGGGCGAUAGGAGACAGUGGAUGAUCAUGCUUCGCGAUGCACUGAUUGGGAAUGGCUUUCAGUGGUUUGCCUACGACUGGGCCGAGUGGUUUGGUCUCGAAACGUAAAUGCCGUAAAAUUGGGUUAUGAAUUUAAGUCUCUCAAAAUCCAACGCUCCUCCUGUAGUGUGGAGCGUUACGAAUACGGGUUAAAGGCUCUGAAGCAAGCACAUCAUUUGAUAUAAUAUAGUACUAGUUACUCCAAGCUUCUCUGAUAGAGCUGACUUCCCCGAUUCCAAAGUCUGUCGCUGGAAUGACUGUGCUAUCGCAAACCAAAACCAUAACGUGGUACUAAUGGAAAGACCGGACGC